CGGUGAACUUCAAAACGAUGUUUUAGUUCAGAUUUAUACGCUCUGAAUUAAUCAUGUGCAAAAUUUUGGUACUUCUACUUGCCAUACUCAGUGCUUGCGCACAUCUGGCAACUUCCACAGAAGAUCCCCAUUUGUGCAUAAAAAAUGUCGAAGUGCCGUACACAGUAACGGAGCGCGUUAGCUUGGACAACUAUGGCGAGUUUACUAAAAUUCUGAAGAGCCUAAGUGUGCUAGGCGAAAUGCGCACUGUUGAAAAAAUUAAAUUGGAGCCACGCGAAGUCUGCUGCGACGGCUACCAGCCUUCUGCUAUACCCGGAGAGGGCUGCCAGCCUGUGCCAACAACAACUGAAGAGCCCGAAGAGUCAUCCACAGCUGCUCCAAUAGAAGACAAGCCAAUUGUGCCUAUGGCCAGGUCGAUGAGCUCAAAACUAAUUCGCAGCUGUGACCUUUUUACAUUUGUUCUUAUUGCCUUUAUGUUGGAUUAUUAGAUACUAAUUUCUAUCAUUGCAAAAAAUAAAGCA